AGUUUUGACGACGCAAGGUGGUGGACUGGUUGGUGAAAUUCCUUUCGAGGCUUUUUAUUCUGCUUCCGUGCUCUCUCCUUCACAGCAGUAGCAAGCAGCAGCAGCAUUUGAAGAGACAGAAGAGUGAGUGUGUGGAAUUUGAACCGUGUCAAGUGUGGUUGUACAUUUCAGUUAACUGUGGGGCUACGAAAAUAUAAUAAAAUCCGGUGAUUAAUACGAGACACUUUUGGAUAAACAAGUGAAGUUCAAGUGAAAAUUCGGGGGUGUAUUUGAUUAAUGAAAAUUGGAAAUAUUCGCUUAUUUUGCUGACGGUGUGAACGUAGUGGUAAAGUUGUACCUAUUUUGAUAAAGAAAUAAAUAUUUAUUCUGUCGAUAAAGGAAACAUACAUUGAAAAGUUAAUGAUUAGGAAGAACAGAACAGUAGGUUUUUCUCGUUGAAUACACAAGGAUUACACCGAAUUCGAAGUGCAGUCACUGUUCCUCCGGAAGAAAGAUAUAUUUCAACCAAGGGCUUAAACGUUUUGUCAAACAGCGGUUAUGUAGGCCACGAUGAUUGUCUGCGACGACUAGAGAAAGCUCCUCGUUCGGCAGCGACAAAUAUCAGCGGCACAAGCAUCAACGACGGCUGGUAGACCCGAGGAUCUGCGGUGCGCACCACAAGUCGACAUUUGAGUGCACAUUUCUCCAGGCAUUAGUGAACUCCACAAGUGCAGGCAGACAAGCAGGCAUAAUUCAACCGUAAAUUUAGAAUAAUCCAACACACAUUACCACGACGACGCAAUGUCACAUCACAGCGACGAUCAUCUGCUGCAGGCAGGCAGCGAUUCGUUCUGGGAGCCGGGCAACUAUAAACGAACCACCAAACGGAUAGAGGAUGGUUACAGGCUGUGCACCGAGCUGCAAACGCUGAUACAAGAGCGAGCGGAAAUCGAGAAAGGAUAUGCCAAAAAUUUGAAGGCCUGGUCGAAAAAAUGGGGCGAACUGAUUGAAAAGGGUCCUGAAUACGGAACCACCGAAGCGGCAUGGAAGGGCAUCCUAACGGAAGCGGACCGAGUUUCCGACGUACAUCUGAAAGUGAAAGAAAACCUCUGCACCGACGUUAUGCAUCAAAUCAAAGCGUGGCAAAAGGAUAACUACCAUAAGACAAUGAUUCAAAUCAAGGAACGCAAAGAGAUGGAAGAUCAAUUCAAGAAGGCACAGAAACCUUGGGCGAAGCACUUGGCGAAGGUGGAAAAGUGCAAAGCCGACUAUCAUACCGCUUGCAAAACGGAACGAUCCGCAGCAAACCAGGAGCGCAAUGCGUCCAACGACACCUCGUUGUCCAACGAUCAGCAAUUGCAGAUGAAAAAGAUGCAGGAUCGCACCUCCCGCAUGAAGGAGGAGGUGAACAAGUGUCGGGAGCGGUACGAAGCCUCGCUGCAGGAGAUCAAUAAAUACAAUGCAAUCUACAUCGAGGACAUGACCUCGGUGUUUGCCAAGUGCCAAGAGAUGGAGGAGACGAGAUUACGCUUUUUCAAGAAUGUGCUGUUCUCGAUACACAAGUGUUUGAAUAUUUCCGAAGACCCCAGCCUGCCCCAAAUCUACAAGGAAUUCCAUCACACCAUCAACAAUGCCGACCACCAGAAGGACCUGAAGUGGUGGUCCAACAAUCAUGGCGUCAAUAUGGGUAUGAGUUGGCCCACGUUUGUGGAGUACACCGAAGAAUUCCGUGACAUUGCGAAGGGCAUCAAGUCGAAAGAAGCCUUACCUGCUGCGCCGAUCACGCUCAUACAUCAGCGACCAGUUGCCGAAGAUUUGCAUGAAUACCCGCCGUCAAGUAACAACAAGAACAGCAUAAACCGAACCUCGGCGUCGCUCAGUAUUAGCAACUCGAGUGCAAACAACAGCAGUUCGCAGCGAGCCACGACACCAAGCCAGGAAUCGCCAAAAUCGGAAAAUGCAUCACUGAAGAACAGCGACGCCGUGACAACGCCGACCCGGAAUUCGCCCGGGCGGGUAGCAGUGGUUGUGACCAGCAAUGGAACGAACGGUAACGGAAAAGCAGCUGACGCACACAAUCCUUUCGACGAAGAAGAAGAAUGGGACGAGGGCGAUGGAAAUGAUAACAUUUUGGUUGAUAACGGUGAACCGGGCGUACCGGUGAAAGCUCUGUACGAUUACGAGGGUGCCGAGAGCGAUGAACUGACGUUUAAAAUGGGCGACGUCUUCGAAAAGCUAGAAGACGAAGACGAACAGGGUUGGUGUAAGGGACGGAAGGACGGUCGCGUCGGAUUGUAUCCGGCGAAUUACGUCGAAGUGGUAGCGACGUAAAAAGCGUACAUACGGUCGUGGCAACGGUAGAAGUGCGCAGCAAGUUGCUGACGAGACGAUGUUCAAGAGCGGGUUUGUAAGAUAGAUGGCGACCCGUCGGUGCCCCGGCAGCGACGACAGCAACAGCUAACAGGACUCGGUUCGUUGUUUACGGCUUCUUUUACUACACUUAGAACACAUGCAAACACAAACAGACACACAUACACAGACACGCGCGCGUUUACCAUAACUUGUAUUAAACUAAAUUAACGAAACCAGUCCUCUAGCGGGUCGUUGAGUCAUUUCUUUUUGAGAGAGAAAUAAAUCUAGCAAUUUUAUCUUUUCAAAUAAGCGUACAUAGUUUUAAAUUUUUGCCUUUCAACUAUUACCGGCGAUGAAUUUCUGGUUCGAAAGGAACCUUUGUUAAUGUAGUACAUAAAAGGGGAGGAAAGUUCCCGAUUAAGUUUCCGCAGAAGUCUAACUUUGGAUGGUCAUUGAUGCCCACUUGUAUAGGCUUCAAUGUAAAAAUAAUUGUUUAGAUUUUUAACAAAUCAGUUUUAAAGUUGAUUCGUGUGUUUUGAAAAACAAAAAAAAACAAUUAGGGCUUACGAUCGAGUUGGUCACCAGCCAAUUUCAAGCAGCCGUCGUGCUCAACGAUACACAUACACACACAUACACAUUUACUUUGAGAUAAUCUAGAUGAAUAUUGACUGAACAAUAUUUGUGCGAAUAACGGGACAGUAAACGGUCCUGGGUGAAUUGCGAGGGAUGAACAUAGUCACGUUUGUUAAAAAGUAGAUUUAAAUAAAACUAAUGAUAAACAAAAUGAUAGAAUCAAAAACAAAACCGUUUGAGCUAAGCUGCAUUUACUCAUAUAGAACAGUUUCCGAAAUAACUCUGCAUUAGUGAUGCUAUGAGCUCGGGAACCCGGGGUCCCUCUUGAGAGAGCCCUGAUUUUUCCCUGCUCAGUAGGGUUUCUGGUGGAACAUUUCACAGAAUAAUGAUUCUGCUUUGUUAUUUUGUUGAACAUUACAAAGUUUAUGCAAUAAACGCUAGAAAGACAUACACAAUGAUAAAAAAAAUUAAACUAAACUUUUGCGAAUUAGAGCCAACAAUCCGAUGAACUUUUGAAUCGAAGCCACACAAUGAAUUUUGCCAAAAACAGAAAAAAUGGGACUAAUCCAUUGUUACGAGAACAUAAAAACUAUACUAUCUUUACAAAACCAAGCGCAACCGAGACCACCAUCGAAACGAUGUUGUUUAUUAGAGACACUGGUAGUGGGUAGAUGUACUGUAGACUUUAGCACCAACUUUUCUCUCCACCUAAUAGAAUACAACAUUAUGCUACUUUGUCCGGAGUUCGAGAGAAUGACCGGACAAAAACUACCCACUCUACCAUCAUUGAAUCCGUCUAAUAUUUUCAUCUGCAAAGCCGUUCAACAAAAAAGUAGUUCAUUUUUUCAUUAAUUGCAUGGUUUACAACAAAUGCAGCUUUCCGCGUUCUUCAUUCGCUAUUUUCGAUUUCAAGCCGACGGUUUAGUUUUGGGCCACGUUUCUCGAUGAGUUCCGAGCAGGACUGCGUUUUCUGUGGGUGUUAUUGGACGUAUUUUGACAAUGGAAAAUGUUACUUAUUUUCUAGCUCAACCUGUUACGUUGUGAAUGUAUUACAAAAUGUCGGGAAAAUGUUAUGUGAAAUUGACGAAAAACGAAAAAAAAAACACAAGGUAUAGUUUUGCUCGUCAACCGAUAAGAGUUGUGUAUUAUACUAUGUUUGAAUAUAUAUUGUAUAAGAAAAAAAAGCAAACAUAAUAUGUUUAGGUAGCUGCUAGCAGAGUAAGUUAUUUAUAUAUAAUUAGUAAAGUUAAAA